GCUCCACCUCUCGAUCUCCGCUACAGUCUGUAUUUUUGCCAUUUUUUCUUUACAAAUGUUAUUUUAUACCUGAAUUAAUACAGAUUUACUCUUACAUUAAGGACUAUGUCGUUUACUCACGAAACUCUGUUUUCAUUGGAGCUCGUGAUUGAUUAUGUUCGCUUUGACUUUACGCGUGGAAAUGUUUUGGAUCCAGUAGUAGGUUUGCGCUUCUUGGACUUCCCAACACUUCUGAUUUCAAGAAAAGAAGAUCUUUUAUCUCAUUCAGCAUUCGCUGAUCUACCAGCUGAAGCUUCGUCUCAUGCAGAUGAACGGGACAAGUAUAUCUUCCACAAAGGCAAGUCGUGUCUUUUUAAAAUGAACUUGGAUGCCCUUCACAACCAUCUGUCAAACACCCCUCUGUAUGCCAUGGUCUUGGAUAUGAAUGAUGAGGUACCCAAACUUAUAGGGAGCUCCAUGAUAUCUCUUGCUAAAGUGACAGAAAGAAUAAAGAUGGAUGUGGACACACAUGGUAUAGACACCCCAAGUUCUUGUGGGGAGAAAACUGUCACCCCGCUCUGCAAUUUGAUGGGCAGCAACAUAGGUACUGUUUCACUAGCAUAUAAAAUCGUAAAUCUAGGAGCCAAUUUGAUUCCUCAUAUCCCUUGUGACAGAGUCUUUAAAGUCAGUAUGACUCAUAGAAAAGGACAACAAGGCGUUAAGGCACAUACAGAAUGCACAGGGGUGCUAAAUAUUGAUACAGAUGAGACUGAAAUGCACCACGCUGAUGUCCUCUCUCCAGUCAGGCCUGAUGGAAAACCUGCUGAUUUAGUCAAAUCUGAAGCCAAGCAGCCAGGCAUUGCUGCUGUUACUCAAACGGAACCCACAUGGUCUGUGUCCGACGGUAAUGACGCGCAGGAAAAUACAACGUUCUGCCCGCCGCCGCUGUUUUACAGUUCCAGUGUGAAGAACCAACAGGAGAGGUUUGCUGAGAAAUGCGGAAUGUUGAACGUGGAAUUGGAGAGUCUUAAUAUAGAAGACCCGGCGGAGGAAAAUAAUGAAGAAGAAUCAGCUGACAUGCAUGAUGUUCCACUGAUCACAGUAGCAAAGCAACAGCAAAGAAUGGCUGACCCAGCUCCACCUGGAGAUGUUUUGAGACAGCUGCCCCUGCUGAACGCUUUACUCAUUGAACUUUCACAGCUUACAAGCCAGACACCACAGCAGCAGCCUGUAUCCAUUCAUCCCAACCUGGCCUGGUUGUACACAUCAGCAACAGAAGCUCAUAGUCUAUCACACGCAGGAGAAAAACACGUAUCCCAAAAUUUUCUACACGAGAGCCCUAAACGUAGACCUGGUCAGUCUAAGAUAAAGGGAUGCAUAAUACCGCCCAUGUCUCCUUCAGGAAAGGCGGGAAGUGGUGCAAAUAAAUGCCUAGAAAAGUUGCAGUCGAAGAAGAAACUUAAAUAUGGAUUAACACAUACGUUUCGUCUCAGACUCCAGCAGGCUAGAACGGCCGGUACCAAACGCCACUGCAUCGUAUACCAGGAUGAAUCACAGGUCAUGCCACAAAGACAAACAUUACCUGAGCACAAACAUGCUGGUAAGUCCGUAAGCAGGAGUGUUAAUGUUGAAACUUUACUGAGCAUUGUUGACAUGGACAAAACACCUAUUCAAACCACGUCAUCAAAAUUACAAAUGAAGUCCAGUGCAUAUGAAAGCUAUAGAAAAAAUGUGACAUCCAUAACGAAAGACGAAACUUUGGUUACUGACAGAAAAAUUCAAGUCCGUAUUCCAAGUGUACUCAGUCAUUAUUCAGACCGCAGUGACCAGCGUUCAGCCUCAUCUGACCGGAGCGUCCACCACAGUUCACGUAAGACCAAUUCUGCUCAGAAAGACAGCGAAUGUUGCAGGGCAGAAAGCAGAGAAAAUAGAAAAAGUUCCUCAGAACAAGAGUACCAGGAUGAUUUCACAAGCCUGGACGCAACAGACAGCUUCUCACCCGAGCCACUGAGCAGUCCGGAGCCAUACAGACGUCAUAGAAACAGUGGUUCAAUUGAGCAUUCCAACUCAGAUGGUGGAUCCUACAAAAGUAAAGUUCUACCUGUUCCUGUCAAAGCCGAGAACUCACCACAUCGUUCUCUCAAAAGCACACAUGUCAUCCGUCCACGACCCCAGACCUCUGCUUUAAGUCUGUCUUCAGACGAUAGCGAGGAUGGAUCUCCCACAGCGUCCUCCAGUCAGCAGAGCUCUGUGAGCAGUGGAGGAAAAACUCCAUCUGUCCACAGAACGUUUGGGAGGUCUGAGAGCUUUGAGACUGACCCUGCUGCUGUUUCUGUGCCCAACAAUAACUCUGUGCUGAAGUCCUUCUCAUCUUUCGAACAAUCUGCUGAGGAACGGGAUGAACUGGGUUCUCUGGGUUUGGACAAGAAUUACCAGCAUGUUUCAGAACUAGUGAUCAAUAAGCUUCCAGGAUACACACUAUAAAAAGAUGAUGUUCAUCUAAAAAAGUGUUCGAUUCAAAAUCACAGGAAAACCAGCAAAUGUUGUUAAAACAGCAUAUAUACAAUUGAAAUGUGAAUUUAUUCAUUUGUCAUUGCACAGUACUACAAUUAUUGGUUAGCAAUCAUUUUUUUAAUGUUGAUGAUAAUACUAAUAAUAAUAAUAGAAAUGUUCUUUACCAUUUUUAAUGUGAAAUAAAUGUUUUAUAACAUAAUUCUAAUGCUGUCCGUACAAUGAGAAUGGUGAGUUUAACAGAAGCAGGUGUUCUGUUGUAUAUCCGGUUGAAAAGAAGCAUUAUUAUUCAGUUAGAACAUCUGCUCUUCUUCUGUUGCAU